AUGGUAAUAAAUGUGAUGAGACAUAAGAAUUGUCCAUAUUCGCUGAGUGUUGAGUCAGUGCAGUUUAAUGCUCGGAAUAGACGGAAAAUGGGGACCCUCGCGAUCCUUCAGUCGCUUCCAGUCCUGAAGCCGUCUCUCAACACGAAUAGUGCACCCGGCUUCGCAACUCAGUCCGGGACACAGCCCAUCUUCCGUCUACGACGCAUUACACACGAUAGCGACUCCAAGGAUUCAUUUUCGAAACCGGUACUAGCUGUCGGCGGAGUGACCAUGACCUGCACCAGUCUCAAGUCCGUAUUGAAGCGCCUUUCCCGUACUAGAAAGCUGGAUAAUGCUUCUAAAAUGGAAACUCCUCUACUGCGGUGCCUCACCACAUGUCAGGCUACCCUCCUUGGCAUGGGGACCAUGAUCGGCGCAGGUGUUUACGUAUUGGAGGGAGGGGUCGCACGCGAAGAAGCUGGGCCUUCUGCUAUCCUGUGCUUCCUCUUUGCAGGCAUUGUAACCUUGUUUGCAGCAUUCUGUUUUGCGGAAUUCGGAGUGCUGAUACCAAAAGCCGGUUCCGCUUACGUCUACACUUACAUCACCCUUGGGGAAUUCUGGGCAUUCCUCAUCGGAUGGAAUCUGCUCGUAUCGACUAUCUGUGGAUGCAUUGCCAGUCUUCAAGGCCAUUCCGAUGUUCGUUUGCCAGUGGCCGUCCCUCUCUGUCAUACCUUCAGUGGCUACGUCGACGAUUUGGCGAAUGGAUUUAUCCGCAAUAGCACUCGAGCCAUAUUCGGAACCAUGGAUGUUCCUUACUUGCAAGCGACACCCGAUAUUAUCGCCUCUUUGCUGUGCCUCGGAAUGGUCCUGGUCAAAGUGAGCGGUGUUCGCACCUCGGCCAUCGUCAAUAAUUUCGUGACCAUCACCAAUUUCUGUGUGAUCCUGUUUGUGAUCUGUGCUGGGCUGUAUUUCGCCGACGGGGCCAACUGGAAAGGUCCAUUCUUCCCCAUGGGAUUUGCUGGAUUCCUUAAAGGAGCAGGGACGUGUUUCUUCGCUUACCCGGGCUUCGAAGACAUCACGUUCGCCAGUGAGGAGAUGAUCGCACCUGGGAAAUCCAUCCCCAUUGCUAUCUGUGUCAGCAUGGGUAUCUCGAUGGCCUUGUACAUGUUGUUCAGUGCUGCGCUCACAUUGUCAGUUCCGUACUCCACAAUUGACACCGUAGCUGCCGCUCCGAAUGCCUUGGCGAGGCACGGACUCCACUGGUCGAAAUACGUCGUUUCUGUCGGUGCCAUCAGUGGAGCCCUUAGUGCCCUCUAUGGGAGCCUGUUCAUCAGUUCCCGAGUCACAUAUUCCAUGGCCCAAGACGGUCUUCUGUUUCCUAUUUUAAGUCGAGUGAGCAAAAGCACAAGGACUCCCACUGUGGCCGUCGUCGUCACCGGUUGCACGUCCGCCUUCCUGGCUCUCAUUUUCGAAACGAAGGACAUGAUCAAGAUGACCAACAUUGGGGCAUUGUCGGCCUACAUCAUCGUCAGUGCAGCACUGGUUCUGCUUCGCUACGACCCUCCGAUGGACUUGGCCCACAUGUCUUACUCCAUCCAUAAAGGUCGAAGAAGAUACUCUCCAGCGUUUGAGGAUAGCGAUGACGAAGAGGAGCUUCUUCCUUAUACGGGCUGUGGGGCGAAAAGAGCGGUGCGAGCAUGUCUUCAAGGAAUCUCUAGGUCCCGGGUAGUUUCUACUUGCGUUCUUACGAUCGUUGUCGCCGCUGCGGUCCUCGCCAUCAUUGUUCGAGUCAAGUACGAUUCCCUUCUCGACGUCCAGCUUUCUACCAUAUUCGCCCUUGCCAUCCCGACUAUUAUGCUGGAGUUGGGCCCCCGCCUACAGGACGGUUGA